GAGGCAGCAAGUUCCAGGAGGUGGAGGGGCAGCGCCGCUCACUCGCUCACUCCACCAACGCUGUGCCCACAGCACACUCCACAUGUGCAAGCAUCACAUCUAAUGUCUAUGCUGCUGGCAUGCUGGCGUGGUGGUGGGGUGGCGUGGUGGCAGGGGGGCGGCGAGCAGUAGAGGGGCGGGAGGGGGGGGAGCUGUGGGAGUCGGCGGUGUCGUUCGACCGCCUCUUCUGCUGCGUCUGCCGGGUGAGCCGCCUCUCCGUCACCACUCGCUGCCUUGCUUGCCACUCGCUGCCUUGCUUGCCACUCGCUGCCUUGCUUGCCACUCGCUGCCUUGCUUGCCACUCGCUGCCUUGCUUGCCACUCGCUGCCUUGCUUGACCCUCGCUGCCUUGCUUGCCACUCGCUGCCUUGCUUGCCACUCAGUGCCUUGCUUGCCACUCACUGCCUUGCUUGCCACUCACUGCCUUGCUUGCCACUCACUGCCUUGCUUGCCACUCGCUGCCUUGCUUGCCACUCGCGGCCUUGCUUGCCACUCAGUCCCUUGCUCGCCACUCACUGCCUUGCUUGCCACUCACUGCCUUGCUUGCCACUCACUGCCUUGCUCGCCACUCACUGCCUUGCUUGCCACUCACUGCCUUGCUUGCCACUCACUGCCUUGCUUGCCACUCACUGCCUUGCUUGCCACUCACUGCCUUGCUUGCCACUCACUGCCUUGCUUGCCACUCACUGCCUUGCUUGCCACUCACUGCCUUGCUUGCCACUCACUGCCUUGCUUGCCACUCACUGCCUUGCUUGCCACUCACUGCCUUGCUUGCCACUCACUGCCUUGCUUGCCACUCACUGCCUUGCUUGCCACUCACUGCCUUGCUUGCCACUCACUGCCUUGCUUGCCACUCACUGCCUUGCUUGCCACUCACUGCCUUGCUUGCCACUCACUGCCUUGCUUGCCACUCACUGCCUUGCUUGCCACUCACUGCCUUGCUUGCCACUCACUGCCUUGCUUGCCACCUGCCUGCCUGUUUGGAAGCUGUCUCUUUGA